GUCAGAUUCCGGGAGUAGCAUAGUGGAGGAGUGGCCAGAACAAUCUCCUCGAACUCGAUCUUCACUUGAAUAGCUCUUCACAGUUCCGUACCAAGUGGGUCGUUAUAUCAGAUUCAUCAUGAAGCCUGUUGUGCUCCUUUCCAUCUGCCUGAUUGGCCUCGCGACUGCCCAAUACACCCCACAACGUCGCCUUCGGCCUAAUAACGGCCCUCGCAUUGCCGCCCGCCGAUCCGGACCUUACGCAAGAAAGGUCGCCCGUCGAGUUCAACCUUCAUAUUCCCAGCAAGGCCGGAAUGCUCGGCAAUCUCAAGACCCGUUUUCAGGGUUUGGGUCGUUCGAGAGCGAGUCUACGGGUUUCAAUUUUGACGGCCCUCGAUUCAACCCCACGCAGCAGGAUGGUGCUCAAUAUGGUCGAGAUGGGAAUAGGCAACGGCUGAACAAACAACAAAACCGCUAUAAUCCAAGAGGAACUAAUAAUGGCGAAUUCCAACGUCGCCAAGAUGCCUCAGAAGAGCAACAGUACCAAGAAGAACGACGACAACAGCAACAACAGCAGGAGCAACAACAACAACAACAACAACGAGAGGAACAACGAGAACAACAACGAGAACGUCAACGAGAGCAACAACAGCAAAAAGAGCAACAACAGCGCCAAAGGGAACGGGAAGAACAGGAGUUCAAUGCUCGACCCGCAUAUCCGUAUUCACCACCCGCUAAUAAGCGCAAGGAUAACGACUUCAAGGCUGUCAAUGAAGAUGUCGAGAGAGCCCCUUUGUCAGAAAAGGUUUACAAACCCGCCUCAGGCCCCGCUUAUGCCACGGCCACCAACAUUGAGGACCUUCAAGCCGCUCCUCGCUUUGACGACAUCCAAGUCUCAGAUGGUCCCAUUCCGGCUGAACAACGCGAACUUGAAUUGGCCGUAUUUGCUGGAGCCAAUGCCUACAAACCCGAGGCUGUGUAUCAAACGGAAGACCGCUUGGAAUUCCAAAUCAAUGGACACAAGGGACCUCAUUCUUACCGAUACGGAUACGAUACUGGACAUGGUUACAACCGCCAGUUCCGUUAUGAAGAGCGAGAUGGGGCUGGUUACGUGAAGGGUCGAUACGGUUUUUUCGAUAAAUAUGGAAAACUUCAAGUGGUCAACUACGAGGCACAUCCUGAAAAGGGAUUCCAUGCCGAGGGCGCCCACGUCCCACAUUACCCACAUUAAACUUGCAUGAUCGGAACAGGAAACGUGAGACUUUCUGAUGUGGAAAGAACGAGGAUCAUGUUCUAAUCUUCUUUCAAGCAGACCCAUGUCAAACGAUCAAAAAGACACACCUUCUACGCCUCUUCCUCCUUCAUAUCACCUUCCAGACCAUCGUCUGCCCACUUAUUCUGUUUGGAGUCCGUAGGUUUUUAAUAUAUCGCAUAUGUUUAGGGAUUUUUAGUGUUGCCAUAUUUUAGGACUAUUAUGUUAGACCCAAAUAAAUCAUGAAGUCUGCUCGAGGUAG